AUGUUAGAUUUUACAGAAGCUUUACUUGAAGUGUCAGAAAAUGAUCUUGAUCCUAAAAUACAAAAUGAAGCUAAAUCCUUAGCAACAAAUGAGCUUGGUGAUUUUGAGUUUUUGAUGGCCAUAAUUAUUUGGUUUGAAAUACUAUUUGCAAUUAAUUCUGUUAGCAAGUUUUUACAAGAAAAAGAUAUGCUUAUUGAUGUUGCUAUGAAAAAUAUAAAGGGGUUGAUUUCAUAUUUUGAGGAAUAUAGAGAAACAAGUUUUUAUAAGGCAUUAGUUAACGCUAAGGAAAUUGCGGUGGAAUUGAAUAUUGCCCCAAUAUUUCCUCAAAGGCGUAUAAUUAAAAGAAAAAGACAAUUUGAUAAGAAUUUGAAUAUUCCAGAAGUCGAGCUAUCAGAAGAAGAAUCUUUCAGAGUUAAUUAUUUUCUUUACCUUGUUGAUCAAGCUGUUGUUUCUCUUAAUAAGAGAUUUGAGCAAUACCAAGAGUAUGAAAGUAUUUUUGGUUUUUUGUUUACUUCUCACAAAUUACAAUCAUUGGAUGAUGCAACUUUGAAGUCUUGUUGUAGUAACUUUGAACAUGUAUUGAAACAUAAUGAGCAAUCUGAUAUUGACGGGAAUGAAUUUUUUGCAGAGUUGAAGUUACUAAGAGAAAUGUUGCCUGAAGAAACCAUAAGACCUACUGAUAUAUUAUUAUUUUUGAAAUGUUUGGAUUGUUUUCCUAAUACAAUUAUUGCAUAUAGAAUUUUAUUGACUAUUCCUGUAACAGUUGCUUUUGCAGAAAGAAGUUUUUCAAAAUUGAAGUUGUUAAAGACUUACUUGCGGUCUACCAUGUCACAGGAAAGACUUAAUGGAUUGACAUUAAUAGCAGUGGAAAAUGAUAUUUUGGAGACAAUAAAAUAUGAAGACUUAGUUAACAAAUUUGCUUCAAAAAGGAGUUACAAGAAGGGGAUUGAAGAUUUCAAACAUGAUCUAAGUAAGGAAUUUGAAAUGUUAGAGUUGGGAAAAAAUCUCUCAUAUUUCCUUGGCAUUGAAUUUUACAAGAGUAGUAGAGGCUUGAUGAUGCACCAAAGAAGAUAUGCAGACGAAAUACUAAAGAGAUUUGAGAUGCAAGAAUGCAACCCAACUUCGACUUUAGCUGAGCCCAGAUUGCAACCGUCUAAAGACACAAAUGAAGAUGAUGUCGAUCCAACACAGUACAAAAGACUCAUUGGAUAA